GACCAACUUAUUGCACCACUUCCUCCAAGGUAUUCGCUCGACGACGAAGUUGAACCGACUGUUUUGGAGGCAGAGCUGGUUAGGGAGGCCGAGGGAGGUCGGGAAGAAGGUGAUGAGAUGGAGGAGGAAGGAGAGAGAGAGGCUCGUGUUGGAAGUGCGGCAACACCAAAAUUAUCACGUGAAAGCAGGGAAACCCAACCAAGGACCAUGAAAUGGAAGGGCAUGGUGUUGGAGCAGAUGGCGCCAACUGGUGAACUCUCCCGAGUGUGGAUACCUCGCAAGACGGAGGAACCCUCCAGUCAAGAGGCGCCAUCGUCGUCUUCUCGGGACUGGAGACGUCGUCGCAGCACCAGUGUCCCCCUCUCGGUAACUCCGUAUGGGAGAGGAGCGAGGGAGGAGGGAGACAAAGACGCGAGGAGACGGAGGUACAGUGGAAGUUACGGAGGAAAAGGCGGGAAGCUGCUAUCGUCUCUUCUCCAGCUUGUUUCUCUGCAGUGGAUAGAGUCGAAUGAAGUGAUUUUACUUGGGCUCAAGUUGCUGUUUAUUUUGGCUCGGGAUUGCCCUUAUGAACAGCUAGAAAGGUUUUCUCGACUGUUGGAGAGAGAUGGACUGGACACGUACCUGGCAGAGGAACUACCCAACCCUUCACUGUCCCUUGAAUCACUGAAACUGCUCACUUGCCUCUCCAACUCUCCCCAGCUUACUAAUUCCCUCUGCUCAAAAGGAGACCCUUCGUACGGUUGUCUGCUUUUGCUCUGCUACGAUUUCUUCACAAAGAAAGUCACAGAGGAUGCCCACAUGCAGUAUCUCAUACACAGUCAGUUGGUGCAGCUGGUGUCCACUAUAUCAAUGGUGGAGGGUGGGCCUUCUGUCCUAUUUGAGUCAGCCUGCCCCUGCUGCAUGGAGUUGCUGAAAUCAAUGAUGACUCUUAUUCAACACCUCGUCCAAGAUGUAUGCUUCAGCGAAGAUCUCACGCGAUCAAAUGUGCUACUGCUGUGCUCUCUGGUGGUUUUACUGAACAGAAUCAGUCUCAUUGACCGUUACUUUGACACCCACAAGGACGCUUGCAACUACACCUUCUUGUACUCCAUACGCACACUCAAAUAUCUCUUUGAGGACCACAAUGAAGUCAACAGCACCACAAAAUACAUACUUUCUGAACUUCACUCUGAAUUCUGUGAAGACGACUUGCCGGAGGAUGGUAGUGGUGAGGAUGAAGAAACAUGAAUGAGUGCAUCAUUGCAAAAAAAACCUCAUGCACAAAGAAGAUUGGUACACUGGUGGUUUUAUGAGCCUAAUAAUGAGUGUUUUAUACCUUGUAGAAAAUAUACAUUGACAUGUUAUCUGUCGUAUAGUCUGUGUGGGACACCAGUGCUGAUGGUAAGUGUAUAUCCUUAUCAUAACCCUAUACCUCUGGUAUCCCUAAUACAUCUGGUAAGUACAUAAUGAGCGCACAAUUGUUAGUACAGAUGGUACACGUCCAUUUUGCUCAAUUUGUUCCUGUCGUGCAACGAGUUGAAUUGCGAGCCGAGAGAACUUGCACGAUAGAAUAACAUCGGUGCUGGAACUCACAACUUUGACAGCCUUUUCAACUCCAUCCAGUCACUGGCCAAUCACGAUUAUGCUCACA